AUGAAAAAGUCCUCAAAUACAACAGAUACUCGUGCUCCAAAAUCAGAUAGUCAGCUCCCAGAAAUAAUCCACAAGACACAACCGGUACGCGCUGCAAAGAAAAAGGCAAGAAAAGUUAAUAGAGAGAUUUCAGCAACAAAAAUACAGAAAGCCUGGCUCGUUUACGUGGACAAAACAUUGUUUAAACUCCUAAAACACGCAAUUUGUGCAGCGGAAUAUUGUGUGGCACAUGAACUACUGAAGAAAGUGAGCCCCAAAGAGGCUGCACUUGUUAGAGAUCCUGGCAUGAAGUGUAAAGUCAGAUUUCGAUUUGGUGGUGAAAAGUUUCCACCUUUUAUCAUGUUCAAAAUUUUUUUAAAAAGUGAUGGCCACGGUAACAAGUAUUUCAGCGGGAAAGAUUUACUAAAGCCGUCCAGUAAGGCGGUGGCUGAUGCUUACAAGAUAAUGGGAGAAAGGAUAUUUUAUCAACAAAUUAUGGAAGAUGAGCAUUUUUUCCAGAAAUUCAAAGUAACUGAUCGUAUGGAUGUUGUUACAGUGCAAGAUUAUAUGCACUACUGCAGUCUUAUGGAUAAGACCCCUGCAUCAUCUGGUGGCAGGAAUAACCACUGGCGAAGAUUAACACUCAGAAGCAUUCCCAAAACAAUGAUGAUGUACGAUAUAGUUGAUUAUGCAGAGUCUGGAGUAAUCUCAGACCGUUUACAAAAAGAAAUGAAGUAUUUGUCACAGAAGCCACAAACAGAAGAGAUGCGUCAGCACCAGCUAGAGACUGUUUCCAAAGUUAGGUAUCCAUCCAUUCCUAUUGUCCGCCCUUUUUACCAGCCUUGGGGAGAGCAAGGUAAAGCGAAACAUUUGGGGCGUCGAUCCAAGCAAGCACAAAAGAAGGUUCAAAAGAUGAAACAAGCCUAUAUGGCAGCAAAAGAAGAAAAGGCUUCCUCCAAGGAAGCAGACACAUCACGAGUAAAGAAGAAAGUCAUAUUCUACUGUCCAUCCUUUGAAAUUCUGGCAAUUGAAGAAACGCCAUCAGACAGAAAACUGGAAAAAGAAGAAAGGGAAUUGUUUGCCUGGUAUCAAGACCUGUAUGUUAAACAUUCCUCAUUGUUUGGAAACCCUAAUUGA